AUGAAUCCACGCUACAGGUUUAUACUGAGAUUUUAUUCUUCGAAAAAACCAACUUUCCACAAUACAGCACCUUCGAAGACCAACGUAAACGUACCACGCGCUAACAAAAGUCAAAGCAAGGGUAAACACAAAGGCAAAUUGUUGGUACUCGUAGGAACUUUAGCACUCGUGACAUCAGUUAUUUCGGUAAACUAUCAAAAGAACGAACCAGUUGAAUUUCUUGAAUAA